AUGGCGGUCGUCGACGAGCCCAUCAAAAUAGCUCUGUCGCAUAAUUUCCAGAGGGAGCGAGGCACGCCGGUAGGUGAUUCCCCGCCGUCUGCCAAGAUUGAGAUCGGGCAGGAGACAGAAUUCGUGCUCGGGAACGGCCGUAGCAACAGCAGACACGUUGACAAUGACGAUGAUGAUUUUGCGCCCAUGGGGAAGGGAGGGAUGCCAGCGGGUUUUCUCAAGUCUGCAAAGAUAGAGUCAGGGCAGAAGACGGCGUUGGCAAAUCCAAAGCUCACUUUGGUCGACAACGGCGGGUUGGAGAAUGAGCAAGUAAAGCGUCAAGGCUCUGGCUAUGAAGUGAGGACUAUCACUAUGACCUACAAAAGAAAGAGAAGGGGUUCAGCCAAGAGUAAGAUUGCACAUAAGCCAAUGUUGAUUGACAGCAGCAGUAGCACCGAUGCCAAGAGUGACAAGGGGGAUGACUAUGAGCCGCCGACGAAGAGUGGGAGGCCAGCAAGUCUCAAAACCGCCAAGAGCAAGAGAGGGAGCACACCGGGUUCGAAAUCAGCCAAGAACAAAGAAGAUGGCAUUGGAUCUUCAGAACCAGGGACCGACUUCAACGUUGUAAAAAGCUUCAGAAGCUUCAAGGUCAUUGUCGGCGGUUCUACCAUCGACGACAAACAACUCCCCACCGAGACACGUAGGGCGUACCACGGGCUCUGCCACGACCGCAAGUCUCUCCUCCAUGGGCGUCUGCAGAAGAACCUCGAACCUUUGCUUGCUGCAGGAGUGAUCAUCGAGACGGUUUGCAUAGCCAAGGGCAUCAGGGCCUCCGCCGCCUCUCCUUCCCGCGAGGACCUCACACGGUGGAAGAAGGACCUGGAGUCCUUUGAGAUGAUGGGCAUGGACGUUGGCUUCAUGCGCGAGCGCGUCAACAGCCUCCUGACCCUUCUCGAGAAAGCAGAUCACCUGCACGAGGGGUACGAGGCGGCAAAGCUAGAGCGGGCUCGCGCCACAGAGGGGUUGAGGGCACUCGAAUCAAAGCUGUCGAGCAUCAAGAACGCUCUGAAGGAGAUAGACGUGGAGUUGCAGGAGAUGGCUUCAUAGUUGCAGGAAUUACUGCCUCUAAUGUGGCUGCACUUCCAUGGUUUAUUAUGAGUAUGCUGCACUUUGAUUGUAGUCCAGUGUUGCAGUUUCAUGGAUAUGAAUUAUUCUAUAGGUAAAGGGAAUACAUGUUUGAGCAGAUGUCAGUGAUACAACAACGGCUUCAAGUUAAUUUGGUAAAGAGAAUAUUUUGAUAAAGAAAUAAGUGACGACCAAUUUGCGGGGGUCUUAAAUUGGUCUCCAUUAUAAGACCAAUGGUUUCAUAGUUUGUUUGACAAGUAAUGUAUUUUUAUGAGAUCUAUAUAGUAGACAAUUCUA